AAAAAAAGAAGAACCAUUCUUUCACCAAGUUCUUGUAAAACAAAACAAAAGAAAACAUGAACACAAACGAUCAUGGCCUUCUCCUCUUGAGCUCAUUCUUCAUCUUUUCUCUUGUUUACUUCCCCUGCUUAGCCAUAUCCGAGACGCCGUGUCCGUACCCGUGUUAUCCAACGCCGCCUAUUGGCGGCAGCUCCUCCACGCCCUCCAUGACUCAACCACCACCGUAUCCUCCUCCAGCCGUUAACUACCCUUCUCCAGCUGGGAAUUUACCGAAUUACCCUCCUCCGGUUGGGAAUAUACCAAACUACCCUUCUCCACCAUAUGGUGGCGGAGACGGUAGUGGCAGCAACUUCUAUGGUCCUCCACCGCCGGAUGCUAUCCUGCCGUACUUCCCUUACUACUUCAGAAAACCUCCUCACCAAACGGAUCAAACCUCGUCGUCUUCACACGUGGCGAAAUUGACGGUGAGGAUCGUAGCCGUGGCAAAUCUUGUUGUGGUGGUUGGAGUUCUCGGUAACAUUUUGUUUAUAACUUAAUUAGUAACUGUUCUGGAAGUUUUUCUUAUAUGAUGAGUAAGAAAUAUUGUAAUACUUU